UACACUGUUUUGUGGGUUGUAAAGUAAAAAUUCCCAACCUUGUCCGUUGGCUCGCGCGCUCCACCACUCACCCACAACACGGUCAAGACCUCCAUGGGAGUACUGCUGGGAUCCAUCACUGUUCGAAGCGCCUGCACCCAUCCGCCCACAUCCACCCACCCUUCGCGGACGCGGCCGCGGCCGCCGCAGCAAAACCGUAUCGCUAGUCGCCGACCACCGGAGCUACCCGAUCCAAACCAUAAUUGCCUGGAAGGGUCUCGCCGAACCGCACUUCUUUUCCUCUCCCUUCCGGCCGUCGCAGCAUUGCUCUCUAUACCCGUCCGGGCAGCCGCUUUCUCAAUUGGCAUUACUGGACCGAAGGAAUGGCUCCGAGAUCAGAAGAAGAAGGCGGCAAGGUUCGUCCUGGCUCCCAUCGACGCCUCUCGCGAGAGUCUCCGCAAUGCAUAUCGGGUGUUUGAUUUGAAAUCACCGGUAGAGGAUGCUGGGGAGCUCCGGAAGCUGCUGAAUUCUGUCGCUAGGGAUUGUGUCCCUCAGUAUAGGAAUUCUUUUGUAGCAUUUCAAGCCAGUACGGGAGUGGAGGUUUGUACCUUUACAUUGAUUGUAAAGAAUGCUGCAUCGCUACUUGAUGAUGGGGAUCCGUUGAAGUUAGAGGCAGAGACUAGACUUGACAAUCUCAUAAGAUCAUUUUCAUUUCUUGGUGGUACCAUUGAUGCAAGUGAUCUCAGUGUCACUUCGGAUAGGGAAAAGCUGAAAAUUGGCCUGAUGCAAUCAAUCUCCGCUCUUGACAAAUUUGAACAGGGAAAAGCCAUUCUAUUGUUCCUUUGAGAAGUUUGUGCACCUCUAAUGUGGUACAUGGUUCAAAAAUUUAAUGGACAUAUUCUUGCUGGGCAUAGAAUUAGUCAUUUUCCAUAACAGUUGGGGCAUCACUCAUGUGGAAGCUUUGUGGAGGAUGCCAGAACUAAUGAGAUCCCCGGAGUUUUGCUUCUGCACUAUUUUCAUUAUUGUUUGAUGUUACCGUUUUGUUUAUCAUGA